GCAUCCCAUGACAUCACAUGGACGUGGCAUUCUCGCUGUUUGUUCUAAAUGCAAGUUUUGUGAACCAGCAGAACCAGCGCAGCACGACGCGAUAACGAAACAACUGAAACUCCAAAGCGCGCCCGGCGCAGAGUCGAGCGAGAACGAAACCUUUCGACCACCCAUACCACUCAAGCGUAACGUCAAAAUGUUUUUUUUUUUCUUAGAAUCGAAUAGAAGUAGACAAGUAGCAUUUUAUUCCGACUUAUAACCUAAUAAAAUUAUCUUUUUAAUACGAGCGGUUGAGUACUAGUGACAUAAACUAUGAUGAGGAGUGCCUUCGUAAUCGGGCUAGUACCGGACUGUCGCUGGGGGGUCUCAAAUCGUGUCAUGCAUUUACCUCAAUUUCUCGGUUACUAAAGCUCUGUUCGCGAUUAUAUUGACGCCUACGUUUUAGAGCAUUGCUUUAUCACUUUAACUUGACUUCAUAGUAACCUUUAGUGUCCCUUUAAGACACCAGCAGCACCCAGCCAGCAGCCAUUUGGCGUGAAAUGACUCAAAUGACUCAAAAAGUCACGAGUCAUAUCCUAUACAUUUGCCUAGAAAGAAGAAUGGAGGGAAAGCGAAAUGGCUGCAUUCAAUCGAAUUCUUCAUCGGCAUUUUUUUAGACUGCGCCGCCACUAGUAAUCCAGAUAACACGAGCAACAUGGGCUCGCGCAUGGCAGGUUGACGAAUUCGUUACUCGAUCGAUCUCGAUAGCUUGAAACUAGUAUACUCUAGGCACUCUAUAAAAACUAGCUUGAAACGAAAUUUCUAUGGUUCUAAGCAGCUCAAAUUGCGUGCACCGACACUCCCUCUGUAUGAUAUGUACUGUCGUGCCCUCUUUUGAGAGUAGCAAACACAAGAAAACCCUAAAGCGUGGCCUUCGAGAUUCCAAAGCGCACCAAUGCAAUAAAAAAAUCACAGAAACUAAAACUUACGCAUAAAAAUAAAUAAAUAAAAACAUUGACUGAGUUUUUUUUUUAAUGCAAAACAAAGGAUGGUUGCGUUGGUACUCUUGGAGGCUAUACAAAAUUGGGCACGUUGGUGUCGGGAACAAACAAAGCGGUCUCUCCAAAAUUAAAAGCGUUCAGGGGCCCCUCAAUUUAUAUGACUGUACAUUUUAUAUGCGUGUUGAUCUUUGCUACUACUUCUAAUCACCACGCUUGCGACUGAUAACUUCUAAAAGCGAAAAUGUUCACGUAAUGCGCUAACUCAGCGAAAUAUGGAGUCCUUACAAGAGUUGUCUAUUCUCUCCGAACUCUUUGAACUCACGCGUCCACGUGUGUUUUCCCGGUGGUUUUGGUGGUUUGCAGCACGUGUAGUGCGUGUACGCUGCAAGUGGAGUGUUGACUGUUGCUUAGACCUGGCACAUUCCACUCAGAAGACUUGGUGUGUUGUGUUUGACGUUGAAGUAUAGGGAAGCAUCAUGAAUAGCGUAGCGGUUAUUCCAAAAGAGAACGCACGCUACUGUGACGUCGCUUACUGGGAUGACAGGUAUCGGAAUGAGGACACGUACGACUGGCUGCUUCCGUACCAUACGUAUGCCCAUCUCAUCAAGCAGCAUGUCCAAAAUACCGACCGGAUACUCAUGUUAGGUUGCGGAAAUAGUCCUCUUAGUGAGCUGCUGUACAAGGAUGGCUUUAGGAACAUUGAAAACAUUGACUACUCUCACGUUGUGAUCAACAACAUGUCAUCACACUGCAGUGACUGCGCCCAGAUGAAGUGGCACGUCAUGGAUGCCACACACCUUCAGUUUCCAGAUGGCUCGUUUGAUGUUGUCAUCGAAAAGGCCACUAUUGAUUCCAUGAUGGUAAAAGAAAAGGACCCAUGGAAUAUUUCGGAGCCAACCAGAGUGAUGGUGACGAAAGUCCUAAGUGAGAUCAGCCGUGUGUUGCAUAGAGGUGGCCGCUUCAUCUCCAUCACAUUUGCACAGCCUCAUUUCCGAAGCCCGCUCUAUGCCGACAUGCAGUUCGACUGGUCUCUCGACACAUUCAAGUUUGGCACCAGCUUCCACUACUUCUGCUACAUCAUGACCAAGGGCCAAGAACUAUCAUUGGAUGCCACAAGCUGUUACCAUUUGCCUGUCUUCCGUCGUAAUUCCACCACUAGCCAAAGCAGUGAACCUGAAAAUGAGGACUUCCUUUUGAAAAUCUUAGCCUCCUGACACUAGGAAAAAAAUUAGCUCUUUAAAGGAUUUGUAGCUUUUAUCUAGGACCGGAAUUUGUGGGAAAGGCGUUUAACACUGUCAACACUCAGGCAAGUGCUUCAGGGCAAAGAUGCAAUAUUGAAGCUGAAAAUUGCUCUUUUAUAUACGAUGGCUCUUGGCCAAGAUGGUUGGGUCGUAGUUUUCUGGAACACAGCAGACACUUUUUUUUACAACACAGAAGGCAUGUGUCACUUUGUUUCAUUCUGUGUUGUCAAAAAAAGUGUCUGCUGUAUUCCAGAAGAGGAAAAUGUCUAAUGUUUCUCAUUGCGUUAUUCACUAGUAUGUGUUGCAUACUUUUUAUCCUUCGUCAUGCUCAUGCCACUCUGCUUGGAGGAACACUAAAGUUACACUGUGUUAUUAAAAUACGCUGUUGCAAUAGCAUAGUGACCACCCUUACUCUGAGAAGAGGCUUGGUUAGUCAGAAAAUAUGGAGGAAUGAAAAAUGAGUGACAGGUGCCACUCUGAAGUUUUGACACUAGCCCUCUUUGACAUCACGGAUUUUGACAGCCUUUAGUUUUUCGGUAAGGAUGGACUACAUUUCAGUGUAAAGAAACCAGAAAGGACUCUGCCUAGCAAGUCUUGAGAACGUUAUUGCGCAAAAUUGGCCUUGAAUGUGGGAAAUCUUCAAAUCCGUGAUGCCCACACUGGCAGCGGGGGAUUUGAGUGAACUUUUAAUGAUUGUAAGUUUGAUUUCCUCCAUUAAUAAUGAAAAUUUUUUCAGUCAAAUGAGUAAAAAUAAGAGUUUCAUACGAAUACUUCAUAGUACAAACUAAUGUAGAGUUGUUUCUUUAGUGUUCCUUGUCAUGGGCAGCUAAACCUUACAAUUCUUCAUGUGUGCAAAGCACGCUUUCUUGGGCAUCGUGACUUCACGAUGAAGACACUGGAAGGUGCAAUGAGCUUUCUUUUUCUUUUUGUUCUGUCUUGUUUCGAUGCCAUGUUUUUAUGCCACAGGAUGGAUAGGUGGGAGAGGGUAAUGCAGUAUUUGAAAAGUUAAGAGCCCAAGAAAGACACUGGACAUAGAAAAGGGUGGCUUGAAAAGCGUGUGUGGUGUGUUUCUUUUCCACAUCCAGUGUCUUUCGUGCACUCAUGUUUUCUCAUACUUGUGCCAUCUUUUAGUGCAUAAUUUAGUGCCUUCAUCUAACGUUGACGAAGUGGUAACCAAGAGGCUGAAAGUGCCAGGUUGUUUUCUGCCAGAGCUACACAGUGGACUGUGAGGAACAACGUGUGGAGGUCUUGGGGAUCAAUUUUUAACCUGCUGGAAUGUGCGAGCAUUGUUCUUCAUUAUGCACAUAAAAUAUAAGCACUUGAGCAUUUUAGCCAUUCUACCUCAUGAAAUGUGACUGCUGUGGCCAGGAGUUCAGCCUGCAACGUAAUAUGCAUUACCAAGAAAAAAAAAAAUACGAUCUAAAUAUAUGUUUAUUUUUGUGCAUGUGUGUGUUGUUAUACUGAAGUUUAUGAAGUUUUUAUAGUGCAUGGCUGUGCAAGAAGUUGCGCAUGUUGCUAUAUUCUGUUGUCAUUCCUGGUGCACGAUUAAAUUGUAAGCUUUCCUUUUACUGGAAACAUCAGAUAUAGUCUAGAAACUAGGCCAGUCUUGUUUGCUUGUUCAUUGCACUUUAGUUGAAGCACGGCAUGACAUAACAUGACACACUCGGAAUCGAAGUAGAAAUUAUGGAGGUUCAAGUUGAGUAUGCUAACCACUACGGCAUGGCCAUAUCACGCAACCAAGAGAUAAUACUUCUGUGCCGUUUAGUUGUCCUCCAACAUAAGAAAAUGUCUCAAAAUGAGCAAUAUCUCUCUGCAUUGAAUAGUUUUCGGAGCUUGCAGUUGUACCACUUGUACCUUUAACUGGUUAUGUGUUGCGUGCACUGCUUGCCAAUUGAUGGCACUGGGGACAGCGAUCGACAAGAAAAAAAUCGGGAGGGGAAUCUGUACGCUAACGCAAAGGACAGUGACUUGCUAUUUGAGGCCUGAGCUGGCUGCCUGUGGUCAGAAACAUACUGGAGGAAAUAUUGGCAACAGGUCGAGGCAGGUGUCUGCUGCAACAAAAGUCUGGAAACGACGUAGACCAUCGUAAUGGAAUGCAAAGAUAUGCAACCAGAAAGAGCCGUAGGAAACUUCGACCUACCUCAAGUGCAGGGAUUCAAAGUGUAUUGAAGCAUUAAUUGGUCAGUGGUCGACAUAAGCAAGUGACAUUUAGAGUAUUCGUGGGAAAAAAAGCAGGAAAGAAAACGGGAGUUGUUACAGGCAUGGGUAACUGUACACUACUAUACAGGGUGUUUCGCUUAACUAAAAAUGUUAAAUGCCACCCAGCUGUACAAAACUAAGGUAAUGUUGUUUGCCGUCGCUUGGAGAUAUUCAGAUUACUUAUUGCAUUAUUCCUUAUUAGUUAAUUAGUCUUAAUUCAUCGACUCUCAAUUAUUAUAAUCCGAUGUAAACUUUCAAUUCGAAAAUUGCAGAGCAACAUGAGAAACUCCUGAUACAGCUUUCUGUUGCUCAAUGCAUGCUGCACAUAAAAGUAUUUUUGCAAGCUUGGAAGAAGCCAGCGAAUACGUGCAAAGCACCUCGAGCGGCCAGUCGCGCGGCAAUUCUGCGUGUAUUCGCUGGCUUCUUUCACAAUUAGCCAGGUGACUAUUUGUCACCGCCCCGUUUCGAAGGGGAUGACAAUAAAUAUAAUCGCAUCUGCUGACACACUUUGCUAACUGCCGCAAGCUGCAUGAUAGACAAAACUAGAACUGGCAGCUACAGCAAUGUGAUGCACUGUCUACAUUGCGUGCAUAGUCAAAAAACGCCAUGCUUGAUGUUGAGCCCAUCAUUCGGAAGUAUCGAGGGGUUCUUCAAAUGGCGCUAGAGUGCUCUGAUGUUUUCCGAGAGUAAAUUUGUUCGUGUGUCACUGGCUCACAGUUGCAGUUUGUAGGGAUUAAGGAGUUACUGGAUUGUGUUUCUUUCACCGUGUUCUCUCCUGCAUUAUUGGCACUGUCAAACGAAACAUUCCGCACUUUUCUUCAACUUCGUACACUGUAAUCUUCUUGCAUCAGAGCCAGUCACUACCGUUUUGUACAAUGCUGUCCUUUUAUACAAACUUACAGCACAUCAGGGAUAGAAUGUGAACUCAGCCUAUGCCCUUCUUGUGUAGCAAGUUUAUUCUCAUUGCAAACAGACGUUGCUGAUUCAACCGAAAGGCUGUUUCUAUGGGUGUAGCUAUGAAGAAACCACAUCAUAAAGCACGUCCACUACAAUUCUAAACACGAUUCACUAAACUGUUGCAAGUUAUGAAAAUUGACACGCUGAAUCACAUUAAAGACUGAAAGCAAUGGGGCAGCUGUCAUAAAUGGUGUCGGCUGCCAUCACUGUUGGUGGCGUUGGGACACUGUAAAUGCACUUGCAUUUACAGUGUCCACACCAGAAAAUUUACAGAAAUUUACCAGAAAUUUACAGCCCACACCACAAAAUGCCCCUAUUGUUGCGGAAAUAAGAUCAUGGACUUUGGCCAUACAGCAGUCGUGGGCUAGGAGUAAGCAGUGUCACAUUCACGAGGGCCAUUAAAGUCAGCCUUAAAGUCUGGUGAUGUUUGAAGGUAGUUUCAUUUAGCGUAAGAAAUGUUACAUAAUUUAUCACAGCCUCUUGCAGAUUAUGUCUUUCUCUUUAAGCCAUCUUAUUGCAUUACCUAAUUUGUCCAUUGUAGCAGCAGAGAAAUUACACUUGCCAGGGAUGCAUUUUGUUGGAAAUGAGAUUAGCUACGCAUAUGUGUGGCACAAAGAAAAAAUAUGUAAUCUAUUGCUUGGCCUGAAAACCACAAUAUGGCAAAAUGUGGCGUUGUUGUCCGAUAAUUGGGGAGAAUCUGCUGUGAGCACACAGAUGUAGAGCCUCCCAUGGCAUGCUUCAGCUGCGUGUCUGCACCUCUUCUCUUGAAUGUGUUUAUUUUUGACCUUUCACUCUCUCAGUCUUGCACUAUCAGCACGAAUUCAAAUGUGAACAAUUCCACACUGCUCCAAUGCAUUAUUCCAUUGCUCACCUGCAUCGGUAACACUGGUUUAAUUUGGACUUCAAAACAUACACUUCGUGCUAUAUUUCAUGCAUAGAAAGUGGCGACGGUGUCAUGUCAUACUUCCAAGGAAUUAUGUGUAACAGGUGUUCUGAUUUCUUGUUCAUAUUUCAGUCUGGGCUGAUGGUACGUUUCGCCUUCACAAAUAUUUGCACACCUGUAGCGUUUUUACAUACUGCCUGCUACAUAUAACUUCCUUUGUAGCAUUUCCACCUUGUGAGCUCUUAAGCUGUGCAUUGCUUUGCCUUGUUUGCUUUCCCCCCUUUUCCUUCUCAUUGUAUUUAUGCAUUUGCUGUUCUUAGCACUGUUUAAUUUCUUUUCAUGGGUGCUCAUUGUCUGGAAAGAAGAGGAAUAAGUUCCUUUUCUCUGUCGCUGUGAUACCUGCUUGUAUGGACAGUUGUCUGCAACGCUUAAGAAGGCCAUCCCGCCAACUGGUGCUGUUGGACAUUAAUAAACCUCGAAACUUGGACCACCACAAAAUUGUACAGCCCCCUUUUUGCCUACUCAAAUUACUGCCUGGCCCUAUUCAGAACUCUGCGCGGGAAUGUGUAUGAAUUCACAUAUACAGUGGAAUGCCUUUAUAACGAAGUGGUUGGGCCCACCGAAAUCAUUUGUUAUACAGGUCACUAUGUUGCAAAGGUCCUGCGCCGCUCACAAUAGAACUGGGACAGAAUUAUUCCUUCAUUAUACAAGUCAUUUGCUGUAGAGGUGCUUGACUGUACAUAUGCUGUACAGUGUUUUAGUAGCGCUGAUGUCCAGGUGGUGGGUGGCAUUCGUACCUUCGGUACAAACAGGAUUGCCAGUACAAACAGGAAAACACCAGUGGUGAGGACAUUGAGUUAACUAUCUGUGAGGGGUGGGGUCGGUGCCAAAAUUGUGCAUCUUAUGAAAAUGGAACAGAAAACAUCUCUAUGAUAGAACAUUGGCGUAUCGCAAUGGCAUAAAGUAGGAAGUAAGAGCUAUUGAACAAAUGCAUGAAACACGCACCUGGAUUGAUGGUGCUACAUUAAAGAAUGUUGUUGCUACUCUUUUAACAAGCUUGUGAAAAUGACUGCAGCAGUGAUUGGCCAACAAUGCACACCUUUAUCUCUAUUCAGUGUUAAGAUAGUUCUUCUUCUUGUAUUUGAUUUCUUCCUGUCAUUUAUAUUGUACACAUAGCACUUAUGCUUGACCUUUUCCAUCCCCCUAUGUGGUACCUGAAUGGGCCCUUAAUAAAUAAUUAAAAUAACUAUAUAUUAUCUACAAAUUUACGGCAAACUGGUUUACAAGCUAACCUGAAGAAUAUGCACCAUUUUGUGUUCCAUGAGGAGAUAGUUGGCCAUUUAAAAAAGCACAAAUCGUUGCAGAAUUCCAGAUUUUCUAAAGAUGUGCGUAUAAAAUAAGAGGAAGGGCCAGUUCACCCUCUUAGAUCUCACAACUCAGAAAGCAUUGUCAAGAUAACAGCGUUGAUUGUCCUGCCAACUGCCAACCACUCAUAUGUGCAAGUAAAAGAAAAUUGCUAUGGCUGCUGGAAACCAGCCGAGUGCUUAGUGGGGGAGUAAAAAACAAACUUCAGUUGCAAUUUAGCAUUAGGUGUGAAAAAAAUGCGUUAGUAUUACGUUGCACCUCUUUGAUGUCCCGGAUCCAUGAUUUAAACUGUGUUCACCGCAUUGCAGACUGUUGUUCAGGAGCUCACUUGACACACAUCCUGCCUUCUUGAGGAGUGAUGUGCAACUGUUAGUUUACACAUUUUUUCCACUUUGAUACUUGUAAUGCUAGUGCACUAAAAACAUCAGAGUAAUGCAGGGAAUUUGUCUGUUCCUUACAUGCCAUGGCGCAAUGGCACAUGUUUUCAUUUGCAACUGGCAUCUCAGCAGUUGCUUUUAUUGAUCAUGGGCUGGCAUGUCAUGUUAGUUGUGUUUCUGUUCUGUGCUUGACGAGUCCAAUUUGUGAGGUGCGGUUGUUUAUUAUGUUAUGCGCUGUACCUUGGUGAAUCGAUAUGACACAUUUGAUUAUUGUUCAUUGGAUAAUUAUGUGUAUUGAUAUGUAACCAGUGAUUAAUUACAUGCGCAGAAUUGUGUUUAAGAAAACAGCAUUACGAUGCUUCCUCUUUAUUGGUUUCAAAGGGGUCAUGCAUCGGUUUUUGCACAUGGUAGAAGAAUAUAUGUCAAUAUAUACUCAAAUUAAUUUAGUUUUUUACAUGCACAAGCUCCCAGUACAUAGGCUAUGUUUUGUACAAACAGAAUAACUCUGCAAGUCUUCUUCAUGUUCCUAGAAAUUUGCAUACUAUAGAUGCAUGAUUACCAGUCUCUGAGCUGGUUUGACGGCUUUGAAUGACUUGCUGGCUGGUUUCGGUGCUUGCGUUUGUCUGUGCACUUCGUGUACCACAACAGGGCAUGUAGUAGGAUGUUGUGUUGAUCCACCUACAGAAACUUCCUGCAAACACUACAGUCGCACUACGUUAUGCUAGGAAAGCAGUUGGGAUGGAACCACAAUUGAUUCUUAAAUUUUUUAACCCUGUUUACUUGACUGUGAUAUGAAAGCCCAUUUCACGACAUUAAGCGCACUCUACUGCAAAAAAUUGCAACCAUAACCCGUGCACUGCAAAGUGCUUCGUGUGUACUUAAAUAUCUUAGGCUGUAGCAUGCAAUCACUGAACCAAAUCCAUUCUGUCUCGGAAUGCCUGGGAGUGCAGAUAUGUUUUCUCAAUCUUUGAGGCUAUUUUCAGACUGCUGUCCCAAGCUGGUUUAAUAUCUACCAUUAUUUAUACUUUUGAUGUUUGCGAGGCAUCUGAGCUGACAUUGUAACAAGCUUUAAAAUGUCGACAUAUAUUUUGCAGAUGAGAUAAACCAUGUGCCAUAAGCAGACAUGUAGAAAAUUUGCUACUAUAGUUAUGUGUUUUGUGUAAUUAACCUUUUAAUUAUUACUCUUUAAAGUUAGCUCUCCCACAGUAAUGCUUGUCUGGAUGGUAGCUACCUAUACUCAUAAAUUAAUAUUGUAUAAUCUAUAAUUUCUCACUCCAUUCAGCUAUGAGACUGCAGCACUCGGCAGGCAAUAGCACUCAAACACCUGCAGCAGAACACACAAUGUUGGUGUCGUCUGCAAAGGAGCUGCACCUGAGCUGGGAUGCCAUUUGCAUGUGUGCACACUUCACCUUGGAAUUAUUUGCCUAUGAGCGUACAUAUUUAAUCCUCCAAGUUGGGUAUUUUCAUUUGCUAUACUACAAAAUGUAGACUGAGCAUAAAAGUUUUUUCGUGUGCU